AUGGGUCGGAAGAUGGUAAGGAUGGCGAGGAUAACGAACGAGAAGACGAGGAUAACGACUUACAAGAAGAGGAAAGCAUGUUUGUACAAGAAAGCCAGUGAGUUCUCAACACUUUGUGGUGUGGACACGUGUCUCAUUGUGUACGGCCCGACUAGAGCAGGGGAAGAGGUGGUCAUGGAGCCCGAGUUAUGGCCGAGGGAUGAGAGCAAAGUCAGAGACAUCAUAAGAAAGUACAGAGACAAAGCAUCGACCAGCUGCACCAAAACUUUCACCAUACAAGAAUCCUUGGAGAAAAGUAAUAGUGCAAAGAUGGAGAAAGUGAAGUAUUGUCCAUGGGACAAGAAGCUGAAUAACUAUUCUUUAAGCGAGCUAUAUGCGGUUUUCGUGGCAGUUGGGAAUAAGAUUCAGGAGGCUGCGAACAGGAAUAUGACAUUUCCCGAAACUUCUUGGUCUAAUGAACAACUUGGUUUAUGCGGUUACAAUCAGCAAUUUCUCGCGCAGCAUCAGUUGUUUCCUAUGUCUACGAUCGAGCCCAACGGGUUCUCUUGUCUCCCUUUUCUUAACCAAAUGACCCCAAAUACCGCGGACCCGGCUUCUUUCUCAAAUGUGACAGAGCUAGAGAUUGCUCAAGCCUUGAUGAUACCAAACGGUCAAAACUUUUUUUACGGGAGUUGUUCGGAUGGUCAAUACGGCCGGACAUUUAUGGAGCCAAUGCAAUGGGGUUUAGGGAACGGUGUCUUCAACAACGUGAAGCAGUUCACAGAGUAUCCAUCGAGACCUGCACAAGUGAAUGACUUGGAGGAUUCUGGUAAAACACCGAUGUAA